AUGACCGCAAUUGACGGCUUGUUCCUCUCCCGUUGGAAAACCCACCUCGUCAACACCAAGAAUGGGCUGCGAUAUCUGCUGGUGUUAGCCGACAAUGGCUCUGGAGAGUUAGAAGCGGCGGUUACGAAGAGCUCCACGGAGGCUUUGGAGAAUUUCGUCCAGUUUUUGGGCAUGGGCGAUGUGCAGCCUGCGUGGUACAAGGUUGCCAAAAUAUAA